GUGAUCUAUAUCCGGAGCUAUACACAAGGAGAGAGUAUUGCUGCGGAGAUAGACUGCCCGUUUUACAAGGCUACUGCUACAGAUAAGCAGGAGCUGCUCGAGCAGUGGGCGUGUGGUAGUAGCGGGUGGAUCGUAGCAACUAGGGCGCUCGGGACAAGUAUUAAUAUCCCCGGAGUUGUUUACAUUAUCCAUCUCGGCCGGCCGUACGGGCUGACUAGUUUU